UUGCCCCGGUGAAGGCGAGGCGCCAUAGUCACGGUAGUCCUGGCGACAAGAACCAAGCAACGGGAGUCAACAACAACAACCGAUAUCUAAGAAAAUAAACUUUAACGACAAUUCAGGACAACAUUUGGGAUAAAAAGAACCAGUGCCUCUAAGCAUUGGUUGCCAUGGCAACAUGUGGAUACUCUGAGGACCUUCAGUCUCAGCAGGCCAACGCAGUAACCAUGGCAACACCUACUGCCACCACACCCUCAUCUGCAAAGACUACACACUUCCUGUCUGAGAUCCCACCAUCCUCUGGAACAAUUUCGUCGACCAACCAGUCAGCCACCACCUCUAAAACAGGACAGGAUGCACUUUGUUCCCAAGCUCCACCCACCCAGACCCAGAGCCAGAAGGCAGUGGUCCUGACUACUUCCACACAGCACUACGUGAGGAACGAUACCCAGCACUCUGCCAUCCAGAAAAGUAAUGGACAGAGCAGCUCACCUCAGUACAUCAUAGUGACUGUAACAGAGGGUUCUGUUCACUCCUGUGACAGUCUGUCAGACUCCAGCCCGCCUGCCCCUGGUGUCCCUACUCAAGUGGUCCAACCUGUGCAGACCACCCCACAGAGGUCAGUAUUACAGGCGGUGUCACAGGCAGCCAAGAGGAUUCAGACAGGCCACAUCAGCAACAUACAGUCUGUGCAUAUUAACCAGGAGGUGGAGCAUGUAUACUCUGGCCAGGUUCAGUACGUGGAUGGAGCAGGAGAUGCAACUUUCACCACCUCCACCAUUCGAUCAAGCAGCUACCCUUUCUCCGACUCGCCCCUUUACUCUCAGACCCCUCCCACGUCCUCCUCCACCUUCUAUGAGGCCACACCUAGCUCUGACUCAGACAUCACUGGAUCUGUGACCUCACAGCCGGUUUCUGUGGCAACAGCAGGAGCCAAUAGCGGGGCUGCUGCUGCAAGUGGAGGGGGCUACAUUAUUCAGGGAGGCUAUGUGUUAGGGGGAGGCGGUGGACAAAACUACUCCAGCCCUAACUCUCGCGCCCCACCUGCUACAGUGCAGUGGUUGUGUGACAACUAUGAGGGGGCGGAGGGGGUGAGUUUACCUCGCUGCACCCUCUACUACCACUACCUGCUGCACUGCCAGGAGCAGAAGCUAGAACCUGUUAAUGCUGCAUCUUUUGGCAAACUCAUCCGGUCUGUCUUUAUGGGGCUACGAACUCGGAGAUUAGGAACCAGAGGAAAUUCCAAGUACCACUACUAUGGUCUGAGGAUCAAAUCCGGUUCUCCUUUGCUCAGACUGAUGGAUGAACAGCAGCACAUGGCGAUGAGACAGCAGCCUUUCUCACAGAAAAACAGCAGGAUAAAACCAAUUCAGAAGACACCGGGGAUUACCAAUGGGACAUCAGGUGGGUUAGGUCAGCAGCCACCAGCAUCACUCUGUGACAUAUCAGCCCAGGUGCAACAAUAUCAGCAAUUUCUAGAGGCAUCAAGGCCACUGCCAGGCUUUGUGGACAUUGAUUUGCAAGAUCAGACCCUGCCUGACGGGAUCCUUUUAGAACACCUCAAGGCCUUUCAGGCUCUGUACAGAGAACACUGUGAGGCUAUUCUGGAUGUGAUGAUCAAUCUUCAGUUUACUCUUGUGGAGACAUUGUGGAAGUCUUUCUGGAGGUUUAGCCAAAGCAACGACACAGAAUCACUCAACCUACACAACGAGUCUGAGAAACGUCUGCCCAAAUCCUGCCUGGUGGUGCUGUGCAAGUUCGAACCCGUGCUCCAUUGGACGAAAGAGUGCGACAACCUGCUCUACCAGACUCUGGUGGAGAUCCUCAUCCCUGAUGUGCUGAGACCCAUCCCUAGUGCCUUAACUCAGGCCAUCCGUAACUUUGCCAAGAGUCUGGAAAACUGGUUGACUGGAGCCAUGAUGAACAUCCCAGAAGAGAUGGUUCGCAUAAAGGUGGUGUGCGUAGGCUCCUUCUCCCAGACGCUGCGUCGCUACACCAGCCUGAACCAUCUGGCCCAGGCUGCCCGUGCGGUCCUCCAGAACUCUGCUCAGAUCAACCAGAUGCUCUCCGACCUCAACCGGGUUGAUUUCACUAAUGUACAGGAGCAGGCAUCAUGGGUGUGUCAGUGUGAAGAUCGCGUGGUCCAAAGACUGGAGCAAGACUUUAAAGCUACUCUGCAGCAGCAGAACUCACUGGAACAGUGGGCUACCUGGCUGGAUGGUGUAGUUUCUCAGGUCUUGAAGCCCUAUGAGAGCAACGCUGUCGCCCUGCCAAAGGCUGCCAAAGUCUUUCUGCUCAACUGGUCUUUCUAUAGCUCCAUGGUAAUUCGGGACCUGACUCUGCGCAGCGCUGCUAGUUUUGGUUCUUUUCACCUGAUCCGCUUGCUGUAUGACGAGUACAUGUACUACCUGAUUGAGCACAGGGUGGCUAAGGCUAAAGGAGAGACACCCAUUGCAGUCAUGGGAGAAUUUGCCAGCACUGUCAAGAGCAGAAACUCUUCUGACUUAGAUAAAGAAGAAGAGGAAGACGAGGAAGAGGAGAGUGAAGAAGAAAGCGGAGACAUUGUGCUCCAGUCUAGCUCUCUGAGCAGAGUCGACGAUGAGAAGGGGGUGCUGGAACCGCCUGCUAAGCAACCCAGAAUGAGUUUAAAUCUGCCUACUCUGACAGAGACCCACGGCACAACACCUUAGCUGAUUAUCUGCUUCACCGACACAACGGCUUAACACACACGUUCGCUUUAAUUUUAACAUCAUGUCAUCCCAUCCUGGAGUCAUCCUGUCGCUCUGUGCGCUUUUUGUCAGCAAUGUUUGUGCAAUGUGUGAGAAAGUGGGAGAACUUUCUUCUAAUUUUGUACUUUGUACUUUUGUGCUGCCAUUCUUUAUCCCUUUGCCUUCACUUGAUGUCGUUCCCUUGUUCCCUGUGCCUUUCCCUGUCUGUACAGUGGCCAGUUCUAUCCAGCCUGAGCUUUAUAAACACAGUAUAUUCUUGAUUUCCCUCCUGUCCCGCCUUAACCACUGACCUGAUAGCUGUGGAGAGAGGAGAUGCCAGUUUUUUUUUUCAUUGUCCUCUUAUAGUCAAAAACAUAAUUUGCAUUGCCUUUAAUGCAGUGACUAUGCAGGGGAGUGGGACUUAAAUGAAUGCCACUAUCUGGAAUAUACGAAUAAGAGUACCAUCUGGAAUAAUAAUGCACCAUGAAUUUAGUUGGCAUUUGGAUGUCGAUUGACAGUGAUUAUUAAAUGCCAUAUUUUACUUUUGAUGUAAUUUCUCUCUAAUUUGGCCAACUAAAUGAUACUCUGUGCCUUUUGAAAGAUUUUUAGCCUGAAAGAAGUGUGUGUUCUAUAUAAAUGCUUAUAUAUAUAUAUAUAUAUAUAUAUAUAUAUAUAUAUAUAUAUCUGUCUGUAUCAGUGGAUUAAUAAAUGAAGGUCCUGUGAUGUAAUCAUGGUGUUGUCAUGAAUUUAGAGUUGCUAUAAAGAAAAAAAAGUGGCAGCACUUUUACUCUCUAGUGAUUCUGCUCAGUUUGUCAUUUUCAUCUCUUCCAUCAUACAUCCCCCCUUUUUUUUCAAACUCAUGAUCUCUUUUGCAAACACACUAGAUGCCCUUCCACAUAAUUAUUUUCCUACAUGCUGUGCAACUGAAGUGUGCCACAGGACAAGGCCAAAGUUUAUCUCACCAAAUCAGGAGCAUUUACUUUGCUGUAUCCAUGGCAACCUUUGUAUCAGCUCCAUGUAUUAGCUACAACUGUCUGAAAGUUUUUGUAGGGUUUAAGUAGUUUUAUUUUUAGAGAUGUGUGGAUAACCUAUAAGAUGUAUCUUUUGUGAACACAGUCAUAUAUACCAACUAUUGUAUGUUGUUUAACCAUUAAUGCCUUAAUGUCAACCAUUCAGAAUACAAAGAUAUAUUUUUCCUGAGAUGAUGGACUAAGCAACAAGGUGUGGACCACCCUCCAAAGAACAUGUGCUCAACCAGCAUCUUGUGUGGUAUGGGCAAAGCCGGUUUUAUUGUGUUGGACUUUGGGACUGAGAUAGGAAAAAAGAAAAAUAUGAUAGUACUUGUGGGAUGUCUCUCAGGACUACCUGGUCACCAAACUCCCUCCAAAGAGUGUUAGAUAGCAAAAGGGCAUCACACAUGAGGUUGUGAGGUCAGCUAGCAGUACCUGACUCAAAAAAGAAAAUCAGCUUAAUGGAAAAUGCAAUUUUGUGUUCUGACCUUAAAAUCUUUUCUUAAUUUCAUCCUCUUUAUGUUAUGCUGAAGACCUUUGUACUUAAAUCUGUGAUCAGCAUUCAAAGCUUUAUUUUUACUGUCAACUAAAGAUGUGGUUGCUCCCAAAUCCUGUGUCAGUUUUCUAAAAAGGAUCCCUGCAGAAAUGUUCUCAUCUUAACCAUCUCACGUAUAAAAAGCUUUACGCAAGAAAUACAAUGUUUUCAUUUGUCCUCAAACUUUUUAAC